AUGUGGUUUUCUGGUAAAUCUGAUGAAUCCGGUAGUACACCACAAAACGGAGAGAUUUUAAGAAAAGAACAAGGUAUACCUAAGAAAGAAGAAAAUGUUCAAGAUAUUUUAAAUACGGUUGAUUUUGAGCCUGAAAAGCUUCACCCGUUAGCAGGCUUGAAUAAGGACAUUGAGUAUUUGGAUCUUGACGAUGAGAAGUUGAGUACAAUGGAAGGAAGUGGCAAUCCAAUUCUUGCAACAAGGGGCUGGGGUGAUGACCUCUGCUAUGGUGCGGGUACAGUGUAUGUUCUGGGAUUAGGUUUCGGUGGUUUGAGAGGUUUUGACGAAGGACUUAAAAGUCUUCCUCAACCUAAAGUCGACCCGCUCACUAACAAACUACGUCCAGUACCAUUUAAACUUAAACUAAACACAAUUUUAAAUCAGGUCACUAAGUUUGGUCCCCAUGCCGGAAAUACUGCUGGAGUUUUGGGAAUAAUGUACAACAUUAUUAAUUCAUCUUUUGAUCAUUACAGAGGUAAGCAUGAUGAUUGGAAUUCGCUUGCAAGCGGCUUUUUAUCAGGUGCGUUGUAUAAGAGUACAUCUGGAUUAAAAGCAAUGGGAAUAAGUUCCAUGCUUAUGACUGGAGUAGCUGCAUCUUGGUGUGGUUUAAAGCGGUUUGUCGCUCAUAAACAGGCCACUUCAAGGUUCGAGAACUAG